CGCGAAACUGCUGCGGUGGCUGUGCUCAAAUCUCGGUCCGUCCGGGAACGUCGGGGCACAUCGUUGCACUUUGCCUCAGCCUCUGACGUCGCCCAAGGCGGAACCUUGCAUGCCUCCAGGCGCAGCCUACAACUGGCUAUGCGCCCUCCACUCCGCCGCUGACAUCGCCGCACGCGCCGUCCAGAUCCGCGCAGCCCAGGCGCAAACACACGCCGUGCGCCAGGUGCCCGCACAGCUGGGGAAGAGGAAGCGCGGCAUCGACGCGUCAUACCCGGAGCACCUGCGCACUCGUGCGGAGCCGAAGCCAAAUAUUAAGACAGACGCGCCGCUGUAUGGAUUGUACUUGCGGGAGGAAAGCUCAGUUUCCGAGGGUGCUGAUGGACGUGGGUUGGGUAGUGAGGGCAUGAAGUCAAUGGAAGAGAGUUGCGCUCCACCUAUGAAGGAGGAGCGAAAGGCAAAAACGCAGGAGACCGGACAGCCACCACCACCAGUGCAGCAAGAGAGUGGGCUUUCGCUACCGUUCAGCCCUCCUGUGCCUCCCGAGCCUGCUCCUUCGCCUGACGCUCCGGAUGCAGCUGUGUAUGAGCCUCAAACACCAUUAAUGGAUGAAGAGGUCAAGGCAGCUCAAGAUGCAGCAGUCUCCUCCCUCCUCCCAGACGAACCCAUCCAAACCCGCAACCUCCAAUCCUCUAAAGUUCCCUCCUCCCGAAUAGGUCGAUUUUUCCACUACGGCGGCCUAGCAGCCUCACUCAGCUACGGCGCCGCCGCCGAGGUCCUCCGCCGCUCCACGUCCGGCGCGUCCGACACGCAGCAACAAGGCUCCCUGAUGCUCACCGAGGCCAACGUCCGCCGCCUCGUAUCGAAGCUCUCGCAGAUGCGCGGCGCGGCGCUCAAGCUCGGGCAGUUCAUGAGCAUCCAGGACACGCACCUCCUCCCGCCCGAGGUCGACAAGAUCUUCAGGCGCGUGCAGGACAGCGCGCAUUAUAUGCCGGACUGGCAGAUGGAGCAAGUCCUCACAAAGGCCCUCGGCCCCGCCUGGUCGUCCAAUUUCACCUCGUUCGACCGUGUCCCGUUCGCAGCGGCGUCCAUCGGACAGGUGCACCGCGCGACGCUGGCCGCGGCCGCGUCGCCCACGGGCAAGGAGGAGCGCGUGGCGGUGAAGAUCCAGUUCCCGAACAUCGCGAACUCGAUCGCGAGUGACCUGGGGUACGUCAAGAUGAUUCUCACGGCCGGGGCGCUGCUCCCGAAGGGGCUGUUUCUGGACCGGACGAUGCAGGUGAUGAAAGAGGAGCUCGCGGACGAGUGCGACUACAAGCGUGAGGCGGGGUUCUUGCGCCGGUACGGUUCGGCCGAGUAUCUCGGGCUGGACGCGCGGUUCAAGAUCCCAUGGGCGUGGGAGGGCAGCACGGACAAUGUGCUCGUCAUGGAACAUGUGCGUGGCGUCAGCGUCGGGGAGGCGCUCGUCAAGGGGUUGACGCAGGAGGAGCGCAACGGGAUCGCUGAGCGGAUUAUCGAGCUGUGUCUGCGCGAGCUGUUCGAGUUCCGGCUGAUGCAGACGGACCCGAAUUUCACGAACUUCCUGUAUGAUUCCGCGACGCGUCAGAUCUCCCUCGUCGAUUUCGGCGCCACCCGCGAAUACUCCAAAUCAUUCAUGGACAACUGGCUGCACCUCCUGCAGGCCGCCGCCGCGGGCGACGUCGCAGCGUGCAAACACUGGUCUCUCCAGCUUGGCUACCUCACGGGCGAGGAAAACGAGGUGAUGGUGCAGGCGCACGUGAACUCGAUAGUGCACCUUGCGACACCGUUUAAGGCGUCGACGCGCCAGCCGUUCGCAUUUGGCCCCGGGAGCGAGUGGGCGAGGAUCACGAGGGAGAUCAGGGAGCAGAUUCCGGUGAUGCUCAAGUAUAGGCUGACGCCGCCGCCGAGGGAGACGUAUAGUCUGAAUCGGAAACUGAGUGGUGCGUUCUUACUCGCUGCACGCUUGGAUGCAGUCGUGGACACGAAGAAGCUGUGGGACGGUGUUGUAGACAAAUAUAGGUUUGACUAA